CCGCUACAAAGCCCAUUAAUAACUCUGCUGAACUGAAGCCCAAACCACUCAGUUAAAUGCCACGCGCUUAAAAGGAACCAAAACCCUAACAAUUUGUGACGCAACCUCCUUUCGCUUCAAAAUCACCAGAGAAGAAAAUGGCGAAAUCGAAGAACCACACCGCCCAUAACCAAUCCUACAAGGCCCACAAGAACGGCAUCAAGAAGCCCAAACGCCACCGUCACACCUCAACCAAAGGGAUGGAGCCGAAGUUUUUGAGGAAUCAGAGGUAUGCGAGGAAGCACAACAAGAGGAGUGGUGAAUCUGCUGAGGAAGAGUAGACUAAAAAUCACAAAUGUGCCCAUAAUCCAUUUUCUGAUAGUGCAGAUGUUUACU